AUGAUCCGUCCUUUACAGGAAGAAGUGCGAUCUCUCCUUAGGUCUGGAGUGGCAAUAACUAACUUGACUCAAUGCGUGGAAGAACUUGUUUUGAACAGCAUUGACGCCGGAGCUUCUAACAUCACAUUGCGAGUAGAUAUUCCAAAUUUGAAGAUCCAAGUCUCGGAUAAUGGAUGUGGUAUCACGUUUGGAGAUCUGAAACUUGCUGGCGAGAGAUAUUCGAGCAGUAAAUGCCACGUCCUCAAAGACCUUGAUCAGUUGACCUUUUACGGAUUCAGAGGAGAAGCUUUGGCAAGCUUGCGCGAGAUCUGUGAUGUGCUGGAAAUAGUUACUCGCCACAGAUCUUCUUAUCAAACUUACUGCAAACUCUUUCGAAACGCACAGGUUUUGGACCUCGCUGAAUCCAGAUUCCCAAGAACUCAAUCUGGAACAACUGUCACGCUUCAUAACAUUUUUGCUAAUCUCCCUGUAAGGCGUAAAUCAAUCACCGAAGUACUCGACUUUGAACGAGUUAGGCACAGAAUUGCUUCUAUUGCUCUCGUUCACCCCAAGACCGCAUUUCUGUUGAUAAACGACUCAUCAGGGACAAAAUGUCUUCAAACGCAUGUUUGCAAGUCAUCUGUCUCCACGUUUUCCCAGCUGUUUGGUAACUACAGAUCCAAGGGUCUGCAGCAAGUGUGUUUUGAGCACAAGGAUUUCAAAGUGUCGGGUUUUAUUUCAACUGAUACACAUCACAGUAAAAGCCUGCAGUUUGUGUUUGUGAACAACCGUCUUGUGCUCAAGACAAAGAUUCACAAAGUCAUUAAUAGCAUUCUUGGAAAAUCAGAGCUAUUAAGAAAACUCACUGCUUCUGAAGUAAGCAGUUCUGAACCAGAGGGCCCUCAGACUAAAGUAACCAGCCCUCAGAAUGCGAAGUCCUCUGACAAUCAUGGUAUAUUUUUUCUUAAUGUAGAGUGUCUGGUCACAGAAUAUGACAUUUGUUUUGAGCCAGCAAAAACUCUGAUUGAAUUUCAAGACUGGGAAAGUGUUCUUUUUUGUGUUGAGAAAUGCAUCAAGGACUUCCUGACAAAACACAACUUUAGUUUGGACCCUGAACAAGCAGAUUCUAGAGAAAAUAAUGAUAGCCAAGAAGAGGAGUCUUGUACCAGAAGUCUUGAGGCUUUUGAGUACAGAAGGGAGAUUGAGACCAGCAAUGUAAGGAGGAGUCUACACUCUUCAACUGUGUUUAGGCCAAGAAAGACUGAAAUGGGACAAAAUGUGGGUAAGGAAGCCCAAACCAACCUUCAAAAUGGACCUAUAGUCUCACAUGAGUCUGAUCAAAAUCACCAAGACAAGAAUUUGAGUGAUACAGUGGGAUUACAUUCUUCGUUAUGUGCUUCUAUGUGUCCAAGUUGUCCACAGGAUGAUUUCUCCCACAUAUUGGAAGGAUCUGCAUCUUCUGUGGACAUGACAACAACUGUUGCCAAAUGUUUCUCAUCAAAUGCAGCUGAAUUCAAAAAUAAAGCUUGCAAUAAGAAUCAAAGAGACCAAGUCAAUAAGAGUGAAUUUGAUAAUACAGGAAAAGCUAACCAUAUCAGAACAACAGUAUCAAGCAAUGUAGUUCAUAGUUCUAACCACCCUUGCUCAUCACAGUCAAUUGGAAGUUAUUGUUUUCAGAAUUUUCAGAAGACUUUCAAUUGUCACUCUGGUAUUGACAGUUCCCAGCAUUUAGAGAGAAAUAUGUUGAAUGCGACAGAGAGUCACAGUAACAAUAGUGUAUAUAAUUCCAGAGAAUUUUCUCAAAAUAGAAAAGCCUCUGCUUUAUAUUUAUCCUUGGACACGGAGGAGAAUUUACAAACUACAAAUAUUGGAACAGAUAUUGUUUGUUCUUUUCAGUCGUCCCAUGCAAAACCAAGAACCACAGCAACACCCAGUACCACAUCAACCAGACAAAGAACUAAAACAAUUCCAACAUUUACAUCUCCACGCCCUAUAACAUUAUCAGAAGUUUACACAAGGAAGACAUCGCAGGAAAGUAGUGAAGCUUCUGCAAUAAACCUUGGACUUCUAUCCAAGAAUAGGAAACUCAUCUCACUACAAGGUAGCUGCAAGAGAAGGAGCAAGAAUAACAGAGAUUUAGCAGGACAGUCCACUAACGCUAGCAUCCGCAAAUGUAAUGAACAGAGUCUUAAGCACUGUGACUUACCAAAAACAGUAAAUAAAGGUGAAGACUCAAAUAUAUUGGCUUCCAAUAGUGAUGGCAUGUCUGGGACAGCAAUGGACCAAGACUUGACCACUAAGAUUGGUGUUAAUAACAAUGAUCCUGUUUCCCUGGUGUCCGCGUCAGUUCAAAAGACUUCUGGUCCUGCUUUUUCUGUCCUUUCAGAUCAAACAGCUGCUGGUGAUUCCAUGAACCAGGUUUGUGAUCUCAGUUUAGAUGGCAAAUGUAAGCAGCCUCGGAAAGAAAACAGCAGUGACUCUGUAAUACUCUCAGACCAUAAUGUCAGGAAACGUGACUGUGUCACAGACAGGUGUACAGAGCUUUUGUGUUCUUCAAAUGAAAAGAAAGCUGAAGAGAAAGAGGUUUCUGUGGAGCAGUCAAAACAAUGCUCAGCUUCAUCAAAUGCAAAAACCAGCAUAGCCACAAGAAACCAAAGUAAGAAUCAGGGAAAAGAAUCUUAUUUGAACAAUGAGUGGUAUUGUACAUUUGAUGCAUCUCUUGGGAGAAAUCUCUUCAUUAAUACCCGGACAGGACACUCCUCCUUUGUACCUCCCACUGAUUUUUAUUUUGUGCAAGAUGAUUGCAGUGAAAUGUCUGGAACAGAAGGUCUGGAAGUUGCAAAUGACUACAGGCAGCACAUUCCACACCCAGUGGCCUCUCACUUGUCAUUUUCUUGUACCCCUUGGCUGCCGAGAGAACAUCGAAGACAGCAAAUGCCUACCUGUGUUGAUGAAGACAAGGAGUUUCCUAAAGGUAAUUAAUUUUUUAGGGAGUUUUUUCGCAACCACUUUUAUUAUACCAUUACUAUCACAGCAGGAGUAUCUCACUUAGUAGAGACUGCUUGACUUUGUAUUCUUCAUACAGUAGAACCUCCCAUAAGCAACCACCCAAAUUGUGUAGUUCCAUGUUGUCUCUAAAAGUUGUUGAUAUACACUGACUGGUGUAGUACAAACAGCAAAAAAAAUCGGCAAUUAAAUGAUUAAAGAUAAAGAUAACAACAAUGGAAAACUAUAAAACUGUCAGGCCAAAAAAUUGUCAGUCACCACUUACGGCUAUGUAUAAGAGGUUCUCAUUCAUGAGAGGUUCUUAUUACAGGGCUUUGAGUGGGAUAAUUAAGGUGCUUUGGAUAGGUGGUUAUGGGAGGUGCUUACACAUGGUGGUUUGACACUACUGAACUGGAGUUAUAUUAGGUUGGGAAAAAGACUAAUGUUUUCUGUCUUUUAUUAUUUUGCAUUUACGUUUUUAAAGGGGUGUCUUGAAAACAAAGACUUCUAAGACCCGUAAGACCCCCUAAGAUCCCCCACCGAAUGACUGUGAACUUUAUUGAUUAGGGUUAGGAAACUGAGUGACUCAGGUUUUGUUUCGUACUGGACAAACUGACCUGAAAGCUGAUCAACGCAGUUUCCUAGGGGUCUUUGUUUUCAAGACACCCCUUUUAAAGGAAAACAAACUGUACAGUCAACUCCCUCUAAGACGGACACCUUUGGGACUGGCAGUAAGUGUCCGUCUUAGAGAGAUGUCCAUCUUAUAGAGAGUCAAAUAAAGGGAGUAAAGAAAGGCAGGGGCCAACUUUAGGUGUCCGUUUUAGGGAGGUGUCUGUCUUAUAGAGGUGUCCAUUAAGAGAGAGUCGACUGUAUUUCACAGACAUGUCACAUGUGGCUGCAAUGUACCAGGAGCACCAUGAUAUUCAAGAGAAAGAUGAUAAGCUCUGUAAGUGGACAGAUGCUGAUGCACUGGAAGCCUAUGAACAGAAUCUGUUGAAAAUUGGAUCAGACAAUACCGUAGCAGACAUGCUUGAAUGUUGGCAGAAUCCUGUGUUUCCAGCACCAGCAAGGGUGAGAUCAAAAACUGAUUGACUAUCUUUGUAGAGCCGGUCCUUUUUCUAGACUAGAGACAAUGCCGAUAAUAAAUUGGAAUUAACGUCCUGGUGUCUUGGGUGGGUGUGACUGAGGGGGAGGAUGGUGAUAAUUAUUAUAGCAUGAAGUUAAAUAAAAUUUUUAGUUAACACAGUUAAGAACAAGGAGUGCGGGCAUGGUCAGCAGUCUGUCGUUUGGCUCAAGCUUGGUCAGCCUUGCUUGCUUAACUUCCUGUGCUCAGUACAACGUCUUCCUGGCGGCCACUCUCUUAGUUUAGCCUUUGGAUCAUUCUUUUACCCCAUCCCUCCCCCCUUUAUUCUUGCACUGAUAAAUCAAGUUGACAGGUGCCUGAUUCCAUUGGCAUGGGGGCUCGUGGCUGGAGGCGCCGGUUUGCCAGCCAUGGUGACGUAACUCUGUGUAGGGGCUGGCUGUGCCAUAGGUGGAAGCCCCUGGACAUCCCAGACACCCACCUCCAUUAGCGACACAGUUGUUAACUGGUUGGAAUUAAGGGCUGUGGAAAGUGAACCCAGCAACAUUCAUAGGAAAAUAGAAGAAAAAUAGAACCAAAAAAAUCCCUAGCUGUUUGGUUCCCCACCUACUUGUUGUAUUUACCUGGCAACUUGAAAUUUUUAAUGACAGCACUGAAUUAUUUUCAAAUUGCACUUAGAGGGAUGAAAUGAAACCAGUUACAGUCAGGCGAGGUCAAGCGUACCCCAAUAGACUCCAUUUAUGAAUUGAUUGUUUGAAAUAUGAAUUCAUUUUUUGUUACUUCAACCAGAUCUGCAUUCCUGCAGGCAUUUUGAGCAGUGAGGUUUGAACGAUAAUCUCAAUGUAUUUGGUCACAUUGAAAAAUCUUUGAAUGGAUGAAAUUAUUUUCCAGACAUUUACAUCAAAUUCAAGAAAACUGAGCUGGUAGAAAAUUUAUAACUGCCUUGUAGGAAUGCAGAGAUGAAGCUGAAAUGUACAGCUACCAACGGAUUCAGCUAUCGCAUUAUAAAUUCAUUAAUGGCAUCUUGAGGGUUAUGCUUGAUCUGGGGACUGUAAUUUCCUCAAACAUUUGUAGAUGCUUAAACUUCUUGUACCAACUGAUCUGCUUUUGUCUUGUUUGCAUUAAGGGCAUACUAAAAGCUAACAAACCAGGCAACUGUGCCAGGAACCAGAUCUCAGUUCAUAAUGUGGUCCACCCAUAUCGCUUUACCAGAGACAUGUUGGCAGGCAUGAGGGUAUUGCAACAGCUAGAUGAUAAGUUCAUCGUAGGCGUUUUGUCGCAAGAAGGUAGGAUUCAUUAAAAGUUUGAUGCUAAGAGAGCCAAUAAUGCUUCAUCAAUUAUUAUAACCAAUACGGGAAUAAAUGUCAAAAAGUAUUUAGAGUGGUUGUCUCUUAUUCAGUUAUUUUCUUAAGGUUUAUGCAUUUUUAAUUGAUGCAGUCAAGGGAACAAGGGACCCUUAAGUAGAAGGCAACUCCUUGUUAUAGGAAAUACAUAUUCAAGACUACAUUUGAACCCCCUUACUCUUAAAAGUGGCCCACAGAAUUACCAAAUUUCACUUGCUAUAUUGAACCGCAAUGCAUUGUAGGGCGAUUUCAUAGUUAAACUUACCCAAGAUGUACAAUGAAGCAAUUUUAGCAACAUUAAACUAACAGGAAAAGGGAAACGAAAUAAUUGUUUGUCACCAGAACGGUAAUUACCAUGCUUUUCUUUUCAUUGUCAGUUUACUGUCGGUCAAUGGUCGGUAAGCUGUUGGUAUAGGUGGUUUUCAUGUUACGUCAUCGCCGCCAUGUUGGUGGACGGUAAACAAAAGAUCGCUCAUUAGCUCGUUUUGUUUGUCCACCAGCAUUUGUUCAUUUCACCAUUGUUAUUUGUGUCUCCCGAGACUGCAUGAAAACCACCUAUACUGUUGGCCAACUGUGGGCCAACAGAAAACCAACAGUCGGCUGACAGACUUCUAGGGGAGCUCUUCACUUUUACCAAACUAAGGUAGAAACAACCUACAAGACCCCAUCACCCACUCUGGAAGGGAAAGAGGGACCUGUUUGCAGUAAAGACAGUAGUAAUGACAACUGUAAAUCACUUAUUUAAUUUUAUUUACUGGUAGGGGUUACUUGGGUCAAUUUUUGCUGGGUAUGUGCCACUGGCCUCUCAGCACCCCUACCCCAUUACAGUCUAUUCUGUGGCCAAUUAUUAUAGACCGCAUCUUGGUCACUUUUGGGCAAAUAUGUAAUUUUCGCGAUCCCAACUUAGUCACUUUCUAUUUUCAUGAAUCGACCCUUUUUUUAAAUGGAAUGAAGAAUACUUUAUUUUUCAUCUACAAUACAAACAUUCUGGUACGUUUGCUAACCGUAUAUGAAGAACUGUCUUACUCCCCAAAAUGCGAAAAUAUACAACCCCAUUCAAGUAUCUCUAUUGAAAAUGCACCCCGUUAUAGUCAAUGCAGUCGUGAAAAUGCAACCCCAUCCAGCGGCACAUCCCCAUUAGCCUCUUGUAAGGAAGUACCCCCCCGCGGGCAAAUUUCCCCCAUUUUUCCUUUAUCAACCGUAAACUACAUUGUAUGUAAAACAGUGUUUAAAAAAAUACUCCUGACAAACAAGAUGUAAAUCUAUGGUUUAUAGUCCACCUGUGUGAUGCAUUACAAAGCAAAAGCGAUGUAGGCAAGAUAAUUAAUAAGCUGGGAAAGGCUUUCCUGCAAGGCCAGUUGUUGCACAAAUGAACAAGUCUUUUUUAUCUUAGCAGAGGACGAUCGCUUGCUGGUUUUAGUAGAUCAACAUGCUGCUCACGAGCGUGUUCGACUAGAACAUCUACAGUCAGGUAAGUCUGAAAGUCUUUUGUGUUUUAAUUGUUUCUUUCCUUUUUCAUACUGGUUACUAUUGAUCGAUUGAGGAAGAAAAUAAACUAUAGUUUGACAUAAUGAACAAAAGAAUCGGGGGUCCGUUUCAAAAAAGACUGCAGGGUUAAAAAAAGAUGCUGUUUCGUGGUCUGGGACAAUAAGAUUUUUUAACCUUCAUUUUUUUUUCUGAGCAAGAAACUUUUUAAGCUCACGUGCAAGUCAUGAAAUCAUUAACUGAGACAGGCAAGCAAAAUGAGAGAGCUGCUUCUCCAAAGGAAAUGCUAGAAAAUAGGUUUUUGUUAAUGUACAACACUAAGGACUUAAUGACUCAAAUAGUAAUAGGCCAUUUCCGAGUUCCAGAAACUCUCACUUUCAACAUGAGGCCAAGUGCAAAACCUUUCUGGUAAAAAUGAGUUUUAUUUGCAUGACAAUAAAAAAUCAUGUUCAUAUCAAUAGUGCAACCUCGUUCCCAGGGAGGGAAGAGAACCUGGGAGCGAGGUUGAUCAAUAGUGUCACACUUAGCCUCGGUUUGAAACAGAGGCUUGGGGCAAAUCGGAAAUGGCCUGUUUUUGAAUUGACUUGUGACGGAUUCCUUUCCACAGAACUGUUUGAAGGUGGCAACAACAGCCAAACUUCAGGUGCAAAACCUUGCAUCAAAUCCUCACCAGUUUCUCCACCGAUGGAGGUUACAUUGUUUGGGGAGGAAAUAAGACUGUUAAGAACAUUUCAGUGCGAAGUGGAGCGAAUUGGAAUACAUUUUGUUAUAAGUGAGUCAUCUGAGGACUCUGAAGAGACAUUGGUGUUUGUUCAUCGCGUUCCUUCUGUGUUAGUUGAACGAGAAGUGUCCGAGGUUAAACGUGGACGGCCCUCUGUCGCUGUCAGCAAAGUGAAGGUAAUCGCGUUCAUAAGAACACAUCCUAAUCUGGUCCUGUGACACUAAGGCAGAAAUUUUCGAGCUAUUACAGGCGACUGCAAAUUAGCCGCCCCUAUUAAUUUUAUCAGGGGCACCUCGGCCGGGAAAGUGGACUUCUUUCGACUCGAUUUCGUUUCCGUAAUUUUUCCGUAAGUGACGAACGCGGAUAUGAUCAAUGAUUACCUCUAGUAAUAAUUUAUAGGGCUGUGACAAGGCUGUAGUUAGAUAUUGCCAAUUACACGUCUUUAUACGCUAAGGAAUAGGGUUCCUACAGAGUCUUGAAUUCUUGCUUCAAAUUUGCCCAGCAAUUUUUCAGACCUGGAAAAGGUCUUGAAAAAUGGUAAAAAGUCUUGAUUUUUUUUCAAAGCCAUCACAAGUGCUUUAUAAGUGAAUGUUUUUUUCGUUUUGGUCAAAUCUUAUUCAAUCUUGCCCGUACGUUUGCAGUGCAUCGUGAAAAUAGCUUUUUUCUGCGUUUUUAAGGUCUCUAUUGAUCACUUAUUUAAUUGUUUAUUUGUUUGUUUCCUUUUUUCAUCAAUGUGGCAGCAACGCCGAACUAGAAAACUGAGUGAAUCAGGUUCCAUUUAAGGUCAUCAUACUGGACAAACUGACCUAAAACUUGCUUAACUUAAUUUCCUAACCCUAAUCACUAAAUUUUAGAAAUAUUCGUCAUUCCCCUGACAUGAAUUUGUCACUCAAAUGUUUUAAUUUUCUUAAUUUCCUUCAUAAUUAACAUGUAAGUGCUACUAUCUAAUUGUUUUGCUCUUUUAUUUCUCCUUUUAUCCAGGGGCUAAUCAGAGAACAUCUUAAAGUAAGUUGUUACUAUGUAACAGGUAAUAUUUUUCUUAUUUUACUCCCUAUUUGAUUCCAUACCUUGUACUUAGAACAGGUCCACCUGUAUUUAACUUCCUGUCAUUUAUCUUUCUUUCUUUCCUUAAAUUUAUUUAUAGCAUCUAUCAGUGACUUGUGGAGUGCCAGCACCGAUUCCUAAUGUCAUCUCUGAAGUUAUCAGCUCCCAGGCCUGUCAUGGUAUGAACACUUUAUGGAGUUAAUAUAUUCCUAUCUAGACAAGAAAAAAGGUUUAACCGGUCCGGAUCUGUUGUUCAUACGCAACAUUUACAUUCCCCAAAGGUCUUGUUCCUCCAGCCCCCCACCCCACACAAGAAUUUUCACAAGCAUCAUCCUUUUUUCAGGUGUCCAGCUGGCAACCCAAAAACAGCGUUUUCGAAAUUAUUCAUUUUGAAAAGGGUUUUUUAAAAAAUUGACAUUUUUGGGUCCAUUUAAACGGAUAUUUAGUUGCUCAGUACUAGUAAUAACCAAAGGUUAGGGAGUGCGGAGGACAACGAACGAAGGUCCAAACGCUUUUGCUCCAACGCUGUGCUUUCCGUAAGUUUCACGUGAUAGAUGGUCACAUUGCGUUUUGUGCACUCCAUUCAUUCUUAGUGGAAGUCUUAACGAAUGCCGGCUACAUACAUGCGACGCAUGCGUAAUAACAACCUGCAGAUUAGGAUUGCGGGCUCUUCUUAUCACCUGCAAAUAAACACCCACAACGUUUGCUUCUUUUCCGUUUGCUUGUGUUUAGGAGCAGUAAAGUUUGGAGAGCCUCUUGGUGUCAGUGAGUGUCAGGAGCUGAUUGAUCGCCUGUCCAAGUGUCAGUUACCUUUUCAGUGUGCUCAUGGCAGGUGGGUGGAGCGGUUACAGGAAGGCUCUAACCCCGUGGGUGGGUGGGAGGCGGGGGUAGCUCUGGUAAGCACCUAUUUGAAAGAUUGUUUGUGAUUCGCUGGGGAAACAUUGUGACAUAACAAUGCCCCUAUCCCUGAAAACAAUACUAUACAAUACAAUACAAUAACUUUAUUUAAAGAGGGAAGCGCAAUAACCUGUGACAGUUUUCUAACCUACGGCCCUCCAAAAUAAUGGAAGUGCAGACUAAACGGGAGCAAUGAAAUAAGAGGUUCAGAACGGUGCAGCUCAACCGGAAAAUUAGAAUUAAACCCCUAAAGGAGACCAGUCUGGGCGUGACCCACGCUUUGUUUCACCCAUAAAGGAGAUCUUAAUCCAAAACAGUAUGACGGCGUUUGUUAUUUUUGGUUAAUUAAUUUUUAGUUAAUUUCUUUGCGCAAAACCCAAAGUGAUAUCGUUGCAUGUUUGGGUACAAAAAUUGGCUUUGCGCCCUGAAAAUCCAAACUGAGAACACAAUUUCGCAAUUUCUACCCCUAAGCGACACGAUCGGCAUCUCCGUCAUUUUAACGAGGGAGUUCUCCCCACCCACCUCCCGCCCCGAGGCUGUUUAAACGUGUAAGUCUCGUGUCGUGCAUAAAGUCCUAAAGCCGUAAGCCCAUAUGACGGAAGGUGCUAAGGGGCACUUUUGAUUCAGUGCAGAUAUAAAAUGAAAGUCAGUGCCUUUCUUUUUCGCGAGUUGCAGUUCAGCCUGCUUGGCCAUCGCCUUCUCGCGCGCCUAUUAAAUUUUCUCUUUUGGCAAGUUGAAGGUAGGCUUUCUAUCUGGAGGUAUAGAAUAGAGGUCCUUAUUUAAGCGCCUCGUAAUGGGCAUCACCAAUUAGCACCAAAAGUCGCAAACAUGGAACUUUAUUAUCGUUUCUCUAGCAGAUAUAAGUGCUUCGUUACUUUUACGAAUGGUUGCAACAGGUUUAGCGUGAACUUUUAAUUUAAUAUUAUCAUACUUGUACUCACUAUCUGGUUUUGCAUUAACUAGUUUGUUUUCCUGCUUAGGCCAUCUGUUAUUCCUUUGGCGGAUCUCAGGUUCUUAGGGCAAAAAAUGACAUCUCAGGUGAGGAAGUGAUGGAGUUGCAUUUUUUUGAAACAUCAUUGGAUUUUAACACUAACGUGCAGCGUGCCUAAACACUCCACUUGGCAUCCCCCGGCCUCGUCCCCAGGGCUGUUCCCUUAAAAAAAAUUGGGAGGGGCCUUUUUUUUUUAGGGAAAAGCCCUGGGGAUGAGGUUGAGCAUCCCCACCAUUCAACACUUUAGAAAAGAGAGGGAAACUGGGACGAGUUAGCUUUCGCAAAGAGUUCUGGGACUAUUUCUAGAACUGGCCAAUAGCUGACCGGCGUGUCCCCAGUAACGCUCCCAGAAACAAUUGCGGGACGCAUUUCGGCUCCAGUCCCCUUCUCGUUUCUAAGUUGGCCAAUCGCCUUUUUCAAAGGGAUAUUUGGCCAAAUUUUUCUUGUCAUCUUAGUGAUAUUUUUCUCUUAUUAAUUGACUUACAGCGAGAGGCUUCUCGACCAAAGAUAGCAAGGCUACGUUCCAAAGUUGCCCAAGGACACUGAAGAUUUUCCACUACAAGACAUCAGGUCUUUAUCUUGUCACUUUUGCUACAAGUUUGCAAUCGCAUGUCAAGUGAAUAAACUAACAAGAUGCUAAUUCUCAUAGAGACACUUGAGCUGUUGACGAUUUUGUUUUAAUGUCAAAAGCUUAUUUUCAUUUGAAACAGUACCUGCUGGAACAGUGUAUUUUAAUGGGUUGGAAGAUUAUUAAAAAUGUCUUUUGUAUAAUUUUUUUUUUUUUCGUGCCAGCUUUUGCAAAUCCAACACGACAGGAGUUGGUCUAGCAACUUUGCCUAACUUAGGAUUUGUUCACACUAAACCGGAAAACUCUUGCGCCGACACGAAAACAUUACCGCUUAGGCCUUCCUUACACACAUAAGAACGGUGAUUUCGGCGCGAUUUCUGUAACGGAGCGAAGCUUCGCCGAGCCGAUCUCUAAAGUGGAGUGUUUGAUAUCGGAUAGGUUCUGUGCCACACUUUGUGCUACGUAGGAGCAGGGACUGGUAUCUACCGAGAAGGAAGUGAAUAUUCAGGAGUGAGGACUGGGAUUUAGUUUACCAGAUCCUCUCGGCCAACCGCUCCGGCUCGAUUAUCGAUGUGUGUAAACGACUCGUUCCAUUUCUGUGUCGUUGCUGUUUAUGCUAUACUUGUCUGAACAUAUAGCUUUACUUAGUCCACCGAUUUGUCGGUCAUUAGUUUUGACAGUCUGGCUUUCUAUUGCUUAGUCUCAAUUCAGUUCUAAUCUUAUCAGCCAAAGAUUAGGUAAUUCUUGAAGCCAGGGAGACGGGUUUACGAAAACCUAUUCAUCAGUUACUGAGUUGGUUAGAACGCCAUUUAUAUUUGUCCAUCAAUCCUUAGCAAUUAUCCGUAAGUAUUUCACUUCCUGAGUGGGAUGGACCUCUCUGAAUUCAAUAAAAGGGCACAAAUAGUUAAAAAUACUUUUAUUGCGACAUUUUUUUCGUUUACAGUAAGGUAGGAGUAAACUGAGCUCACUUUACUGUACCAAGAUAUAUCCCAUGGCUUUUAUGUUUCUCGCUCCAUUAUCCGAUGUAUGUCCUUUAACAGCGUUGUUCCCACAUGUGUUGGAAUCGUCAGUGUGUCCUCCCGUUCCAAACCCAAUUCUGGAAUCACAGUUACCACAGUCUCGUUCGUUAUUUCCAAGGAUACCGAUUCUUGCCUUAGCAUGGAUGGAUCUGGUGCUCGCCGCAUUGAACCCCUCCUUGUUGCAAUUGGUUUGCAGGGAAGCCUGAGAACCAAUCAGCUUCUUCCACGUGUUACGACCCAGUGACGUGGCGCGAUACUUCCCGUCUGCGAUCAGUGAAUGCAGAGAAGCGGCAUUCUUGUUGAUAACAAUGAACUUGAUCUGCUGGCCGAUCUUCAUACCCAGGCAGAUCUUGGAGAAGGAUGUGUUCCAGUAGGUUGGCAGUUUAGUCUCUUGAUCGUCAAACCCGGUCUUACCUCCUGGAAGGUUAUAGGGAUUCUUGUUACUCCAAAACCCAGAGUUGUAAUGGAAAGUUUUCUGAAAUACAAACAAGAACCCAUUAGCUUUACACUAUAUACAUAACUUCCGCAUGCCAGGACAAUCGUUUACCUUUGCGCCAUUAAUCUUCAUGGCCAGCGUCCACCCUCCAUCUCCGCAUCCAAAGUUGCCCAUGUGACAGUAAACAGGAAUCUUUUGCGAACCAAACUUCAGCGUGUACACUUGGCUUUUUGUGGAUCUAUGAAAUUGAACAUAAUGAACGUCAGAUUUACUUCAUCUAGGAUUUUGUAUUUCUCGACAACUCCUGUUCUACAUUGACGGUGUCAAACUUUCGAAGAAAAACAUUAAAAAGCUGGUUUUAAAAUAGAAAAGGACAGUGUCUGUUGGCGAUGAUUGCCUUUUUGUCAGUAUUUAUUUGAACCUAGUUUAGUGUCCCUAGCUUUCACGAGUCUCCUGUAGGUCAGUGGUAGAGCAUCUGGACUAGUGACAAGAAAGAAUUAAGAUCAUAGGUUCGACUUCUGUUGGGAGUACUCGGAUUUUUCCUUCCGUGCCUGUGUCACUGACUGAAAAAUCACCUUUCUCAUGACAUUACCUGUUUCUCGGAACUCACCUAUGUUUCUCAUACUGUUCCUGGCACGGGGAAGCGGGAACGGCUGUAAGAAGGUCAAAAAUUCUGCUGUUAAUUAAUAACUACUUCGUACGGGCUUUCUGGCUAAAUAAAAUGCAAAACGCGGGACCAUAAGAUAGCUUCGUGGAAAGAGCGAGAUUUUAUUAUAAUUCACUCCCGGGUGAAGUUUUCUUUUGGUUAGAAGCACUGCUUGUGGCUUAACAACCCUCACUGAGCUUUAAAAGUCGUUCACGUCUGCAACAAUGUACCUGGUUUUUGUGCUAUCCCUGGUUUGUUCAACACAGCAAUGAGACUUUCCAGCUUCGCUUGUAACAUUUUCAUGGCGUCGUUCGAGCUUGAAUCCUGUAGAAUGUUACACAUCAGGUUGCAUAUCAUCAUCUUGUCGUACGGCUUGGGACAGAAUGGAGAAGCUCCAUCGCCUUUGACGGUCAUUACGAAAAAGAUAGCAAGAAAGUAAGCUUGAAAAAGCAGACGCAUUUUGAGAACUUGAGCUAAAGCUAUCUUUUCAACAAGUAAAUAAAGGUUCUGUGACUGACCAGGUCUUGUGACUAGCCCAGGGUUUUACAUCUGUGUUCCAGCGAAGUAAAAACAGAUGUGUUUGAUAUUUGGGAAUAUUUUCUUGCUUACGGCCUUGUCCAAUCAUCUUACUCCAGGUCUGUUUUUGCCUUUACUCGCCCCAGUACCUCCCUGUCUCACAAGCGACUUGUUCACUCAAAUUUUACUUGUUGUAACUUUUUCUCGUUUGAAGAGAUCGUUGUUAAAAACAACGAUAUUCAGGAAAAGCUAGGAAGGAAAAGACAAGGUCGGUCUCUUUCGACCCGAAUGAAGUCAACAAGUGCCAGAAUGAAAACUAAACUGAUAUCUGUAACUUGGAUGAGAUUCGUCACUUGAGUUCAGCUUCUGAAGUGUUUAUUAUAAUCUCCUCAUCCAGCCUCUGUUUUUGGCGACUCGCGUUUUCCAUCAAAUCGUGGGUUUUAGGGUUAGGGUUAGCUCGAACAACCACGACCACGACGAAGGAAAGGAGAAAAUAAAAAGGAAAUAGCUUUAAAAAGCAAACCAAACAAAAAUUCUGAACGUUUCACACUUUGUGGCAGAUUCCUUUGUCAUCAUCGCAUCACUCACGGUUGCCAAACUUGAUCGGAAUUUCAAUGCGAUAGUCGCUAUAAUUUCUAAGAUUUUCGUUUCAUCACUGAUUAACGAUCGUCGCGACUUCGAUUUCGUCGGAAAUAAUCAUAGAGGCUCACCAUCGUAUGGCCGUGUGGCGAGAUACGCUCAAGAACAAACUUAGGUAAAAGAAAAAAAAUACAACGACCGAAUUAAACAUUGCGUGAAUGGCUGUAAUCGAUUCUCCGGCAGACGAUUUACAAUAAUCGAUCAACUUAAAAACAUAUGAGGCAGAAAAGACAAAUGAUGAUCACUAGCGACUCAAUCCGUCAUUUUACCUUAGCUUGUAAACAUAUACCUUCUUGUAAAAAUUUGUAAUAGUUAUUCUCCCUGCGCUAAAUCGAAUCAUUCCGAUAUUGGGCAUUCUGAUUUUACUUAAAAACCUGAAAAACUGAUCCUGGCUAAAAAGGUGAAAUUGAAGAACAAAUCGAUAUUUAGGCGAUUUUCAUCACGAUUUAUAUAAAUGAUUUGAAAUUACGAAAAUCUCACAUAGUAUUGUUUAAAUUUCAAUGCCCAUUAAUUUGUAUCACAUUUUAUCAAUAGUUAAAUUCAAUUUGAGGCAAAACAAACAAGGAUUGGAUAGACCAAAAGCAAUUUUAGCGUGUUGAAUCGCCUAUGUCAUAUGUCGUACAAACUUCUCAGUGCAAAAGAACAUGAUGGGCGCUACAUGACUCCCUCUUAAAACACAAUUGACCUCUUAUUCUUGUCGCUAGUAGCUAUGAUCUAGGCAUUUUCGUGUCAGGCAGAAAUGGAAACACACAUGAUUUCUAUUGGGUGAAGCUAUGUGGAAACAGAUCAUUGGACUAUAUAAUGUCAACUGCUGACUAAUUAUUUUUUUUAAAAAAAAUUAUUCACAGAAGUAGCUUUCUAUAUUUUAUAUUUUUCAACAUUGCUUUUUUUAGUUAUAUUUUUUGGCCAUAUUUCCCCAUAACCCUUACAUGUAAGCCAGUUUUCAGCAGAGGUACACCAGAAAAUUCAUAUCGACAUUACAAUGUUGUAUUGUCGAUCCGUUGUUCUGUUGACCGUAUUAAAAAUCUCUGAGAUGUGUUCAUGUACACACAUAAAACACAACAGCACGCUAAAAUUCGUUCUCCUUAUUGCGACAAACACCUAGUUAAUAGUUUAUUUAAAAUCAUUAUUCGUCUCUUUAGCUAAAUAGUACGUAUGAACCGUAACAAGAUUUGAAAUGCUAAUGUUCUUGACAUAUAAUACUUGAACACAAAAUUUUUUAUAAGAACUACCCACUAGCUUGAAGAAUUUUUACGAUAAUUUCCCGCGAGCGACCGAUUUUAAAUGGAAAAAGAGAAUGCCCCAAGAAACAGAGAUAAUAUUCGUUUUUACGGUAAAAAAAAGGUUAUAUUUCGUACAUGCCAGGGCUUUUCAUCCACCCAUCAAAGAUAAAAUUGAAGCGAAAUUUUAAAGAAAACAAUCGAGAAGUAGAGCCUUAAAUACGUGCGCCUUACUUUGCCAAAAUGGCAUCGACAGAUAUCAUGCCCGAAAAUUUUUCUUGCCCUGAAUGAAGCUGUUUGAAUGAAAUGUGGCCAUCAUUUUCCAUGUGCCAUUCUCCAAGGGCUCCUCAGAUUUUCCAGAGAUAUUAAUUAUAAAUGUGGCGACUUCGUGUCGCUCCUGAAUAUAUUCACUGCUAACUCGAGGUUCUUCUCGUUUCUAAAAUUUCGCUGGUGCCUAUACAUAACAAAGCAUUUGGCACUUCUUACAUUUCAUCAGCUGUUUCGGUUAAGCGAACUACCACUUGAUUCUUGAACAUUCUUGCGUGGAUUUUACCUUCUAAAGAGUGGAUCUCGGUGAAUUAUUGACCACGAUGCCAUUCCUCGCUGCAAGAAUCAGAUGAGGCUGGAGAUCUUCAUUUGAUACAAUAUUCUGUGGGGCUACGCUUAAAUCAAACAUGUAAGAGGGCAACCAAGUUAUCACUUUGCAGCAAUUAGAGCCUUUUUGUAUUGUUCUACCCACCCCACCACCCUCAGAGAGGCCUGCCUACUGGUAUAUCAAUACGGUGUUACAAUAAUCCUGUGCGAGUUCAACUCUCUUCUCGUGUAAACACUCUCUUCUCUUCCAAUGAAAUAGGCCGCAUAGUCACUUGAGUGAAUGCCCUCUAACUGUAGGCCGCUUAAGUAUUUGUAGUGAACUAGAACUAGCCUGCAUACGAGGCCGCUAAUGUAACAUUGUCCCCAGAGUCUUUUCGUUUUCCAAAGACGAGCAUUCCCUGGGACGAGGUCAACGCUCAUGUUGAGGAACACAAAAACAAAUUGAAUCAAUGUACGGAACACUUAUAAUCAAGUGGCUCAGCAAAAAAGAAACGUUUAACGUGAGUUGCCUGCGAAAGAGGCUCUGCAUAUAUUAACUUGAGAUAGAGACUAACCCUGGAAAAAUGAGACUUCACGCGCCUCGUUAUCAUCAAAAUGCAGUUGUUUUAGUUUUCUCACUUACAUUCGAAGGAUCAUUGCAAUAGCCGUUUUGAUCUCAGCAAGAGCAAAAGCUUGGCCAAUACAGUUUCUCAAAACAUAAAUGAUAGUACCGUGUUGAAUUACGAAUAGUGAUGUGAAAACCGAUCUCUUUUUCUCGCACGUCAUAAAAGCUGCUGAUAAUUGAAAUAAGAAAAUUUGAACAUGAUGUUGGAUAAUCUCGAACCCAGAUCUUACGGGUGCUUGACCACAGACUCCCCGGCUCCUCUGGAGCGAGGGAGAUCUGGGUUACAAGAUGAUGUUGCUUAUGUACUCAAAGUAUGGCUGCGGAGUUUAUGAACAAGGGCAAGAGCAAAUAAAGAGGGUUAUGGAGAGUAGACUGGUGUCAGUGAGUGAUCGCCCGUCUAAGUGUCAGUUACCUUUUCAAUGUGCUCAUGGCAGGUGGGUGGGGCUUAUAGAAAGGCUCUAACUCCCAUGGAGGUUUGGGGAGGGGUAGCUCUGGUAUAAAAAUGACAAGGAUACAGGAUACUCGUUGGACAAUUAGAAUUAAACCGCUAAAGGAGACCAGCGUGGGCGUGACCCACGCUUUGUUUCACCCAUAAAAUGGAUCUUACUCCAACACAGUAUGACGGCGUUUGUUAUUUUCAUUUAACAAUUUCUUUACGAAAAACUCAAAGUGAUAUCUUAUAGUGAUAUAUAUUGGCUUUCGGUCCUGAAAAUUGAAACUGAGAACAAAAUCCGUAAUUUCCACCUCUAAGCGAGACGACCGGCAUCCUUGUCAUUUUUAUGAGUGCCCAUCGCCGCCUCGCGCGCCUAACUUUCCUCUUUUGGCCAGUUGAAGGUUGGCUCUCUCUCUGGAGGUAUAGAAUAGAGGUCAUUAUUUAAGCGCCUCGUAACAGACAUCACCAAUUAGCACCACCUUGGCUUCCACCCAAAGACGCAAACGUGAAACAUUAUUAUCAUUUCUCUAACAGGUAUAAGGCCCUGGUUGCUUUUAUGAAUGAUUGCAAUAGGUUAAGAGCGAACUGUUAAUUCAAUAUUAUCAUACUUGUACUCAAUAUCUGUCUUUUCAUUAACCAGUUUGUUUUCCUGCUUAGGCCAUCUGUUAUUCCUUUGGCGGAUCUUAGGUUCUUAGGGCAAAAAAUGACAUCUCAGGUGAGGAAGAGAUGGAGUUGGAUUUCUUUAAAACAUUGUCGGGUUUUUAUUUUUUUUCUUUCACUUUUUUGUCUACGUUUUCACUAACCGACAUACAGCCUGCCUUAACACUCCACUUGGCAUCCCCGACCUCGUCCCCAGGGCUUUUUCCCUAAAAAAAAAAUGGGAAGGGGCAUUUUUUUGUAGAGAAAAGCCCUGGGGACGAGGUUGGGCAUCCCCAUCAUUCGCCACUUUAGAAAAGAGAGGGAAGCUGGGCCGAGUUAACGUUCGCAAAGAGUUCUGGGACUAUUUCUAGAACUGGCCAAUAGCUGACCGGCGUGUCCCCAGUAACGCUCCCAGAAACAAUUGCGGGACGCAUUUCGGCUUCAGUUCCCCUCUCGUUUCUAAAGUGGCCAAUCGCCUUUUUCGAAGGGAUAUUUGGCCAAAUUUUUCUUGUCAUGUUAGUGGUAUUUUUCUCUUAUUAAUUGACUUACAGCAAGAGGGAUCUCGACCAAAGAUAGCAAGGCUGCGUUUCAAAGUUGCCCAAGGACACUGA